GACUUCCUCACACCCACGGGCCGCGUCGGCAUGCAUUACAAGGGCACGCCGAUUCAGUCUGGCCUCGCUGGCGUCGAGCGCCUUCUUGCGGCAUGCCGGCGCGCGGGCUUCACGGUGGCCCACAGCCGCUCCCACCGCUACGGCGCCACGGUGCGGGACGAGCUGGUCGGCGCGGGGGACGAGGGCUACGAGUUCUACCCCAGCUGCAAGCCUCUGCCCGGCGAGAUAGUGGUGGACAAGUGGACCUUCGGCGCCUUUGCUUCCACGCCUCUGGAGGACGAGCUGCGAGCGAGGGGCGUUGAGCGCAUCCUGCUCUGCGGCGUGCUCACAAACGUCUGCGUCUUCGCCACGGCGGUGCAGGCCGUCGACCGCUUCAUGCGCGUGUGCCUGGUGCACGACGCCUGCGGGGCAUUCUCCACGGAGUGGCACGACACGGCGAUUCGCCUGCUCGAGGAGCCCCAGACCAAGGGGGGCCACAACACGCAGGUGGGCCUCUAUUUUGGCGAGGUGGCAUCCGUCGGAGACGUCGAG